AUGGUGACAGAGGCCCCCCAGAAGUGGGUGUGGGGUGCUCCGGCCAAGGACCAGAAGAGGCUUGCCCCGCUUCUUGCGGGGCUUCAGAAGCUGCGAGAGGCCCGAGUCACUGCGACCACGGUGGCAAUAGCGUUCCAUAAGAGGAGCCUGCUUCCGCUGGCGCAGCGCCGGGGGAUCGGGGCCGUCAAGGACUCCCUGCCCCCUGUCCCGGAGGACAAAGAGAUCCGGGCCAAGAAUCGGGCCCGGAACGAGGAGCAAAAUAAGGUCAAGGAAGGGAAGAAAGCUAAGGCGGCGCGAAGGGCGGAGAGACGGGAGGUCGCCUCCAAGAGCCGCCUCCCUCCUGCCGGGGGGAUCGAGGCCCCGGAGGGGUCAAAGGCCCAAGGUGGGUCGGAGACCCCCGAGGGGACCCAGGCGCCGGGGGGCGGGCAGCCCGUCCCCCACAUCGUUGUGGACGACGAGGACAGCGUCCCUCGUGAAGAUUCAGCCCCCGUGGGCCUCCAAGAGGUGGAGAAGGCGUCGGAGGCCGAGCCCGAGGAGGCCCCUCAAUCGGUAGCGCCGGAAGGUCCGGCCGAGCCCACCCCAACGUCCGGGACGGGAGCUAGUGCCCUCGUGGAGGUGUCGCAGGCCGGGGCCAUCGUGGUGCCCCCUGCGCCGUCGGCAGGUGAGGUGGGGGUCCGGCCGUCGGCCCCUGGUGCCGCGGGGGACCCCCAAGGAGCCCCGGGCUCCCAUAAGAAGUCUGCUCCCCGGGCGAGGCCUGCGUCGCCGCCGCCUCCAGGCUACGAGGAGGCAGGGCGCCACCAGGGGCAAGACACGGGGGCGCCAAAGGCCCAAGGGCCGGAGAGGACGGCCCUUGCCCCCGGGGCUGCGCCUCCUUCGGGAGAUGCUGAUCUGGGGGGCGCGGGCCAACCCGCGCAUACCGAGGAAGGGCGAGCCAUCGUGGUGUCCAGCGCGGCGCCCGAGGCCCCCGCGGCGGGAAGGGAGGAGGAAGCCGGAUGGGGCAAGAGUCCCGGUUUGGAUGCGUGUGGGCGCGUCGGUGUCGAGGCCCUUAACCGAGCUACCCAGCUCGUGGGUCGUGACAUGUUUAAUUUGGCUCAGGCGCUCAAGGCCACCUCCCAGGAGAAGUCGACCGACUUGGCCGGGACUCUGAGCCAGGUGUCCCGCUGGCAUCAGAGCUCGGCGGAGUACGAGAAGCGCGCCAAGGUCUGUGAGGGCUACGUUCUCCCGGAUGAUGAGACUGAGGCCCAGGAGGAGGUGCAGAGGCUUGAGGAUGCCGUGGCUGCCCCCGGAGAUGCCUUGGCCACCUUCUUUGACGACGAGGUGGAGCUUCCACCCCUUGGGGCUCGAGGACCUGAGUAG